AUGAAGGGGUUUGUAGUGGAGAUGGUAAUGAUGUUAGGUUUGAUUUCGGUGGUGACUGCGGUGCCAGGAACUGCCACUUACUACACGGUUUAUGUUCCCUCGGCAUGCUAUGGCUACCAAGACAAUGGCGUGAUGAUCGCUGCGGCCAGUGAUUCUAUCUGGGACAACGGGAACGCAUGCGGGAGGCGCUAUUCUGUGAGGUGCACUGGGCCUACAAACCAAGGUGUGCCCCAACCAUGUAAAGGAACAAACGUCGUCGUAAAGAUCGUUGAUCGCUGCCCAUCUCCGGGAUGCCAAGCGACCAUUGAUCUAUCUCAAGAAGCCUUCUCCACCAUUGCCGACCCGAAUGCCGGAAAAAUCAACAUCGACUACCAGCAGUAA